UUCGCGUGGCACUAGAUAAGCCAUAACGUAUGAAUUCCCAAGAACUCCAUCUCCUUCCGCACAACCUCAAUUCCUGCAAAUCCAUAACUCAACUGAAACAAAUCCAUGCCGUCGCCAUUAAAGCAGCUUCUUCCUCUCUCCAAAAGCAAUUCUUCUAUCCCAAACUCAUUUCCCUCUCUUCCGCUUCUUCCUCCUCCCGCGACCUCUUCUACAUCCGCUCCAUCGUGGGCUCCACAGGAGAGCGAUUGGAGCAUUUCUGAAGAUGUGUGAUCUAAACCUAAGGGCUGAUGGGCGGAUUUUGGUGGUUGUUCUCUCUGCGUGCUCCAACUUAGGAGACCUGAAUUUGGGUCGAAAGGUACAUUCCUAUAUCCGCCAUUACAUUGACAUGAAUGCAGAUGUAUUUCUCGGUAAUGCCCUGAUUGAUAUGUACUUGAAGUGCAAUGAUUCAAACUCUGCUUAUGAAGUGUUCAAUGAAAUGCCUGUGAGAAAUGUUGUUACAUGGAAUGCCGUGAUCUCGGGAUUGGCUUACCAAGGCCGGUAUAGGGAAGCUCUGGACGUGUUUCGUGGCAUGCAAAGCGCAGGGUUAAAGCCGGACGAGGUGACCUUAGUGGGGGUUUUGAACUCUUGCGCAAACCUUGGAGUCCUUGAGUUAGGUAAGUGGGUUCAUGAAUACAUGCGUAGAAAUAAUAUUUUGGCUGAUAAAUUUGUUGGGAACGCACUUCUGGAUAUGUAUGGAAAGUGUGGAAGAAUAGACGAAGCUUUUAGGGUGUUUCAGGGCAUGAAAAGGAGGGAUGUAUAUUCAUACACAUCCAUGAUUGUUGGGUUGGCCUUACAUGGCAAAGCAAACUCUGCAUUUCGUAUCUUCUCCGAGAUGUCAAGAGUUGGUAUUGAGCCGAACGAGGUGACAUUUUUAGGUCUUCUUAUGGCUUGCAGCCAUGGUGGAUUGGUUGCAGAGGGCAAGAAGUACCUUUUUGACAUGUCAAAUACAUAUAAUCUUAGACCUCAAGCAGAGCAUUAUGGGUGCAUGAUUGACCUUCUUGGUCGUGCAGGGUUAGUGAAGGAGGCAGAAGAGAUUAUCCUCAGAAUGCAAAUCAGCCCAGAUACCUUUGCUUGGGGAGCUCUUUUAGGGGCUUGCAGGAUUCAUGGAAAUGUUGACCUCGGCGAAGGUGUCAUGCAAAAACUGAUGGAUUUAGAUCGUAAUGAAGAUGGUGCUUUUAUUCUUAUGACGAAUUUGUAUUCUUCUGUUCAUAGAUGGAAAGAUGCAUUGGAAUUAAGAAAGAUGAUGAAAAGUAAGAAGAUGAGAAAGACUCCUGGAUGUAGUUUGAUUGAAGUUGAUGGUGUAGUUCAUGAGUUUCGUAAGGGUGACAAGUCACAUCCAAAAAGCAGGGUUAUAUACAAAGUAUUGGAAAGAAUUGCUAGUCACCUAAAGAGCCAUGGGAUUGGGGAACAUGGUACAUUUUUCUUAUAGACUUAAAUUACUUUGUCGAUCGCAGGGGAUGAAGGAAUUGCUCGGCCAACUUGGCGUCGUUUUAUUCCAAGCUUCAACAACAUUUUGGCCUAUGAAUGGAAAGCAGGUAAACGUCUAACGAGUAAGUUCCCACCUUGGCUUUCUUGUGUAAUUGCCAGUAUUUGCUAUGUAUUGAUUAUGCAGGGCGGAGUCAAACACAAAGGAGGGGCAAUUGCGCCUUAAUUUGUAUGAGCUUUAUGCGCACACAUGUAUAUGAUAAGUAUAUAAAUCUUAAAUUCGAAGUUCUUUUAACUUUGAUAAAAGAUGUGUGUAAACUGUAAGAGGUGAAAUUAAAAUUAAAACUUUUUCAAAUAAUAGAAACUAGAUUGAAAAACACCAAACAUUGAGGACUAUAUAUUUAGCCAAAGAUAAAAUGACAAAACAUUUACUUAGUGUCUGGACCAUCUUGCGCGCACCUCGACUAAUCUCACGGGACAACUGUUUGACUCUACUACAUUUGGUUACCUAGAUAACUUGUAAGAUAUUAAAUCCUAGGUAGGUGGUCACCAUAAUUUGAACUUAUUCCCUCUAAGUCGUUUGUUAUUUAUAUUGGUCCUUAUUGACUACUAGGCCACAUCAUGAUGGUUCUAAGCGGGUAUUGCAACUAAAGGAGGCAAACUCUUAAAGAGUAUAACAUGUUUGUCUCUCCCCUUUCAUUUUCCAUCAGUUUUAUAGCUUUGGAAAAUUUUCAAAUUUUAUUACUUGAUUUUAAAUUUUCAAAUUGAGAAGAACUUUAAGACCUAGAUAAAUGUUCCAAUUUUUACUUUAUGUUGACAUCUAUAUGAAAAAUUGUAAGAAAAAAAAUAUUUCAUAUUCAUUUAAUGGAUUACUAACAAAGGUCUUAUAUGGAAUGGAUGAAAUUUUA